GGCAUGAUCCAAAUUGCAAUGGCUGAAAAACGCAAUUUUGACUUAACAAAUUUACGCUAAAUGAAAAACUUUAACCUGAAAUGCCUGAAUACUCAUAUUAGAAUAUCCGAAUAUUUCGACAACAACACACGGGUGCUUUAAAACCAGCGCCAUCAAAUUAGCAACAUGUGGCGUAACUUAUAGCAGUCAGUCAUCCUCAGACUUUUCUCGCAAAUGUUUUCUCUUUUCUGAGAAAGCAUACUUACACCGACACGGACACACCUCCGUCCGCGCCCCCGCUGCGUUUAAAAGUGAGACAUCUCUCAACAGCAGCAUCACAGACUGCUCUAUGAGCCUGCGGAGAUGGGCAACUGCAUGUGCAUCCGGGACCUCUGCGACCGGCCGAAGAAUACUAACGUCAGGUGGAGGUUACCUGCGGUGUGCUUCAUCUGGCAGCUGUCUAUGAUCAUUCUUUUUGGGGUAUUUGUGCGGUAUAAUGAGGAGGCAGAUACUCACUGGGUUCACUACAAAAAUAAGAACAAUAUAACGAGCGAUAUCGAGAAUGACUUCUACUUCAGAUAUCCAAGUUUUCAGGAUGUUCAUGUAAUGAUCUUCGUGGGCUUUGGCUUCCUCAUGACCUUCCUGAAGCGCUACAGCUUUGGUGCCGUGGGAUUCAACUUCCUGAUUGCGGCUUUCGGCAUCCAGUGGGCUCUUCUGAUGCAAGGCUGGUUCAAUUCUCUGGACUACUCCGACGGAAAGAUCAAGAUCGGUAUAGAAAACUUGAUCAAUGCAGAUUUCUGUGUGGCGGGGUGUCUGAUCGCCUACGGAGCCGUUCUGGGGAAGGUCAGUCCUGUUCAGCUGCUGGUGAUGACGCUGUUUGGUAUCACGCUGUACGCAGUCGAGGAGUACAUCAUCCUGAACAUCCUCCAUGCCAAAGAUGCCGGCGGAUCCAUGGUGAUCCACACUUUUGGAGCUUAUUAUGGUCUGUCCAUUUCAUGGGUUUUGUAUCGGCCUAAUUUGAAUAAGAGCAAACAUUUAAACGGCUCUGUCUACCACUCGGAUGUGUUCGCCAUGAUUGGCACCCUCUUCCUGUGGAUGUUCUGGCCAAGUUUCAACUCUGCCAUUGCUGAUCAUGGAGACGGUCAGCACAGAGCUGCCAUCAACACUUACCUCUCCUUGGCCUCCAGCGUCCUCACUACAGUCGCCAUCUCCAGCCUGUUUCAGAAGACAGGGAAACUAGACAUGGUUCACAUCCAGAAUUCCACGCUGGCUGGGGGAGUUGCUGUAGGAACAGCAGCUGAAUUUAUGCUGUCGCCAUACGGUGCUUUGAUCGUGGGCUUCAUCUGUGGCAUCAUAUCCACAAUAGGCUAUAUUCAUCUCACGCCAUUUUUGGAGGAGAAACUGAAGAUUCAGGACACUUGUGGCAUCCAUAACCUGCACGCUAUGCCAGGUGUCAUUGGAGGAAUUGUGGGUGCCGUCACCGCCGCUGCUGCCACCACCACUGUUUAUGGAGACCUAGGGUUGGCAAAUACCUUUGACUUUACGGGGUCUUUCGCCAAACGUGCACCCAAUAUCCAGGGCGCAUACCAAGCUGCAGGACUGUGUGUGGCCUUGUGUUUUGGAAUUGGAGGUGGCAUAUUUGUUGGCCUGGUUCUGAAGCUGCCCAUCUGGGGCGAUCCUGCAGACGAAAACUGCUUCGAUGACGUGAUCUACUGGGAGGUUCCUGAAGAUGAAGAGAGUGUUCCUCCCAUCCUGGUCUACAACAACCACAUGAUCCCCAACAAAAACUCAGACAGGAGAGAGACACACUUCGUGGAGCAGAGUUAACUCACGGAGUCCGCUCUGCUUUCCUGCUGCUCUCACUGAACGUUUUGCUUUCCAUGAAGCACAUAUCCACAAUAUUUUAAUUAUACAGAGAAUACAUUUAUUUCACACAGGUUGAGAUCCGAAAAUCUUGAAUAUCUCACUUUUUUUUUUUUUUAAGUGACUUUCCCUGUGAAUGUGUUCAUAAAAAAGUGACCAAAAAAAACCUCUGAACCUUUUUAAUGAAACCAAUUUCACAUGUGUUAAUUUAAACAUUUGUUAUCCAGACAUUCUUUGAUCUUUGUAAUGUAAUUAUUUAGUUUUAUAAUAUUAGAAAUAGUUUCUUAAUUUUGUAGGCAGGAUCCAGGAAUUGUAUCUACAUUUUUUUUUAAAGCAAAAUUCUAUAAUCUUUUAUUUAUAGAUUUUUCAUGAUAUUUCACAUGUCAGUGUCAAUUGGCAUGCGUGCAUAACAUAUCUAAAUCAAACAUUUGUCAUUUUCUUAAUGCAUGCACAAAUUUGUUCAAAACUAGCAAAAAUCUGUAUGUGUUUCCUUUGUCUGAUAAUGUACCGUACAUGUUUAAUAUUUUAUCUUUACUGUAAGAAUGUUCAAAAGAAAAGUAAGUACUAUUAAACCUUUGACUUCUGUCUAAUUCCAGAUUAAAUUAUUGAAGUGAUUCCUACAUUAGCUCCAU